AAGAUCUUAUUCUUUAUCAACUCUGUUUCACCGCUUUCCGCGACAAGGAAAGUACCUACUCAAAACUUCUGCUGGGUUUUAAUCCCUUUUCACAUUCAAUCUCUCCAUACCAUUCCCCUCUAUCUCUAAAUUGAGAAAAUGGGCAGAGCAACAAGGUGGCUCAAAGGCUUGUGUGGAAUAAAGACCAAAGACAAACACCAAAAACCAAAGUCAACUUCCGGCGACUUCAAACACAAGAAAGGCUCCAGCUUUGGCAGAGAGGAUGCAGAGGCAACCCUACUCUGUCACAACCCCGCCACCAUUCCGCCCAACAUUUCGCCGUCCGAGGCGGCCUGGCUGAGAUCCUACUACACAGAAACAGAGCAGAAGCAGAACAAGCACGCAAUUGCCGUGGCAGCCGCCACGGCUGCUGCUGCAGACGCCGCGGUUGCAGCUGCAAACGCGGCCGUGGAGGUCGUCCGCCUUACAAGUCACGGCAGAGGUACCAUGUUCGGCGGCGGCAGAGAGAGAUGGGCCGCUGUCAAAGUUCAAACUUGUUUCAGAGGCUAUUUGGCUAGAAAAGCUCUCAGAGCUCUGAAAGGAUUGGUGAAGUUGCAGGCAUUAGUGAGAGGCUACUUAGUGAGGAAGCAGGCGACUGCAACUCUCAACAGUAUGCAAGCUCUGAUUCGAGCUCAAGCAACUGUUCGUUCUCACAAAAAUCGGGGGCUCUUCGGCAUUGAAUCGAACAACAGAUUUGAAAUCCGCGCACGACAAUCCAUGGAGAGAUUUAAUGACAGCAGGAGUGAGCAGACGGCUCCAUCUCACAGCAGAAGGCUCUCUGCUUCUAAUUUGGGAGACAACAAUUUCAACAACACUGAUGAAAACCCCAAGAUUGUUGAGGUCGAUACAGGCAGCAGGCCGAAAUCCAGGUCCCGGAGAACAAACACUUGCUCUGCAUCCGAAUUCUCUGACGACCCGACUUACCAACAAGCAUUGUCGUCCCCAAUCCUGUGUCGGGGUACUCCUGCCCGGCUAUCAAUCCCCGACAGCCGGAACUACCAAGAUUCUGACUGGGGGCUUUCCGUGGAGGAAUGCAGGAUGAUCUCCACGGCGCAGAGCACGCCGCGGUUCAUGAAUUCGUGUGGCGGAGGGGCUAAUAGCAAUGCCACCGGCACGCCUUCGAAGAGUGUUUGUAAUGAAGUUUUUUUUGGAGGAUAUGCGCCGAAUUACAUGGCGAGCACUCAGUCGUUCAAGGCGAAGUUGCGGUCGCACUCUGCUCCGAAACAGAGGCCAGAGCCAGGGCCGAAGAAGCGGCUUUCGCUCAACGAAAUGUUGGAUUCGAGGAAUAGUUUGAGUGGGGUUAGGAUGCAGAGGUCCUGCUCGCAAGUGCUGGACGCCAUUGUUUUCAAAAAUGCUGUGAUUGGGAAGCUUGAGAGAUCCUCUGGAUUUUAGUAGUUGCAUGCAUGUAACGAUCGAGAACAGGGGAUAUAAUACUAGAAAAUGUAUUUGUAGAUUCCAAAGUUAAGUGUUAUUAAUGUUAUAUUAUAGUAGGAUUUGAGCUGA